ACGGGCUCCCCUCUCCGCCGGCUGACUGACCGAUAGUGACCUCAGUCUCCUCCGCAGGCAGCGAUCAACGGGACCGGGAGGAACCGGGGAGGGACCGCUCAAAUAAAAGCCACACCGGGAGCGAUGGCCGCGAUUUUCGGGAAGAUCUUCGUGGGCAUUUACGUGGAGAUUAAGAGGAGCGACGGACGAAUACAUCAGGCCAUGGUCACGUCCCUGCACGAGGACAACGAGAGCGUGACCGUGGAGUGGAUCGAGAGUGGAGACACCAAAGGGAAAGAGAUCGACCUGGAGAGCAUCUUCGCUCUGAAUCCAGACGUGGCCCCAGAUGAGGAGAUCCCACAGAGUCCGGAGGCUCCUCUUCCUCCGUCCAGCGUCGCCAAAACCAGCAAAGUCCCCAAGACCCGACGGAUCACAGCUAUACCCAAACCUGAAAAUGCUCCACGGGAGAAUAGAGCUGCAGCAGUGGGAACCACCCGGGCUCGUCCCAGCCAGCACAGCCAAGCUGCAGAGCCUCCUCCACCCGCCAUCGCCCCCCAGUCGACCCUGAACCAGACGCUGCUGCAGCAGCAGAACGCCCGGAGGAAAUCCAACUGUGUGAAGGAGGUGGAGAAGCUGCAGGAGAAACGAGAAAAGAGACGUCUGCAGCAGCAGGAGCUCCGAGAGAAGAGAGCACAGGAGGUGGACGUUAAUUUACCAAACUACGAGAUCAUGUGUAUGAUCAGAGACUUCAGAGCCAGUCUGGACUACAGGCCUUUAGCCACCAACGACCUGAUCGAGGAACACAGGAUCUGUGUUUGUGUUCGCGCUCGGCCUCUCAACAAGAAAGAGAUCUCAACCAAGGACCUGGACGUGAUCACCAUCCCCAGUAAGGACGUGGUGAUGGUCCACGAGCCCAAGCAGAAGGUCGACCUGACGCGCUACCUGGAAAACCAGACCUUCCGCUUCGACUACGCUUUCGACGAGAACUCCACCAAUGAGAUGGUUUACAGGUUCACCGCUCAGCCGCUGGUCGAGACCAUUUUUGAGAGAGGAAUGGCGACCUGCUUCGCGUACGGACAAACAGGAAGUGGAAAAACACAUACGAUGGGAGGCGACUUUUCAGGAAAGAACCAGGACUGCUCUAAGGGGAUCUAUGCACUUUCUGCCAGAGACGUUUUCCUCAUGCUAAAGAAGCCAAACUAUAAGAAGCUGGAUCUGCAAGUUUUUGCCACAUUUUUCGAGAUUUACAGCGGGAAGGUGUUCGACCUGCUGAACCGCAAAGCUAAGCUACGAGUCCUGGAGGACGGGAAGCAGCAGGUGCAGGUGGUUGGGCUGCAGGAGAGGGAGGUCAAAUGCACGGAGGACGUCCUCAAGCUCAUCGAAGUGGGAAACAGCUGCAGGACGUCCGGUCAGACGUCGGCCAACGCUCACUCCUCCCGGAGUCACGCCGUCUUCCAGAUCAUCCUGCGCCGGCGGGGGAAGAUGCACGGGAAGUUUUCCCUCAUCGACCUGGCGGGGAACGAGAGAGGGGCGGACACGUCCAGCGCCGACCGCCAGACUCGUCUCGAAGGAGCCGAGAUCAACAAGAGCCUCCUGGCGCUGAAGGAGUGCAUCCGAGCUCUGGGCAGAAACAAACCUCACACUCCGUUCAGAGCCAGCAAGUUAACACAAGUACUGAGGGACUCGUUCAUCGGAGAGAACUCCAGAACAUGCAUGAUCGCCACCGUCUCUCCUGGGAUGGCGUCCUGUGAAAACACCCUGAACACGCUGAGAUACGCCAACAGAGUUAAGGAGUUCGGGAUAAGUCCGUCAGAUAUUCCGUUCUCUCAGACCGGAGGUGGAGGAGGUCGAUCCGAGCUCUCGCCGACUUACGAGGUGAAGGAGCUGAACGUGGACCCUGCAGAGCUGAUGGACAGUCAUCAGGGAGGACACGUCACCCAGCUGGAGGUGCUGGAGGCGCAGUGGGGGGUCGGCAGCUCUCCACAGAGGGACGACCUGAAGCUCCUCUGUGAGCAGAACGAGGAAGAAGUUUCUCCGCAGCUCUUCACCUUCCAUGAAGCCGUCUCUCAGCUGGUGGAGAUGGAGGAGCAGGUUCUGGAGGAUCAUCGGGCCGUGUUCCAGGAAUCCAUCCGUUGGCUGGAAGACGAGAAGGUUCUUUUGGAAAUGACGGAGGAGGUGGACUACGACGUGGAAUCAUAUGCAACUCAACUAGAACAAAUCCUGGAUCAGAAGAUCGACAUUCUCACGGAGCUGAGAGAUAAAGUCAAGUCUUUCCGUUGUGCUCUCCAGGAAGAGGAACAAGCGAGCAAACAAAUAACCCCGAAGAGGCCCCGGGCCCUAUAGACACAAACAAAAAGGAAAGAAAGAAACUUCAGCGUAAUGAAGGCGACGUCCUGCUGAUUGAUGAAUUAACUGUGGGUUUCCCUCCUGUACAGGCUGCUUCCCAUCAUCCAUCUGUAAAACAAACCUCUAACGCCCUCCUGUCCAGUGUAUCUAUGAGGUUUCUGUAUGUGUGCCAUGUCACAAGUGCUUCAUGAAGAAAAACAGAAAACAAAAAAAAUAAUUUUUAUAGAAUCAAUCAAAGCUUGUCCUCACUUUGGCCAAUUUUAUAAACAGCUGUUGCCAUUUUGUGCAAAAAAUUUGCAGAGGAAGAUUUUUUUUUUUUUUCCUCCCGUCCUUUCAGCUCCGGGUUCGAACCGGACGCAUCGAGCUUUGUGUGUAAAAUGAGCCACUGUGUGUUUGUGUUGAUACUGUACGUAAAAACCGGUUUGACUGAGACGAAGCCGAUUAAAAAAUUGAGCUAAAGCUUGUGCUGGAAUCAAAAGUGCUCCAGGAAAAAAAACAAAAUGUUUGCAGAUUUUUCAUUUGCCAAAAAUAAAGAAAGGCGACUUCUG